AUGGUUAUGAAGACAAGAGGCCUGGGAAUGGAGCAGCAGCCCGGGAAGGGCCACAAGGCAGAUGGUCAGCAGUGGAAGAAGCUUCAACAGAGCCUCUUUGGAAAUACCACCCACAUCUUCAGCUGUGACUGGAGGAAGGCUCAUUUCAAGUUUCGUGAUCCUUUUUCAGACCUGGCUUCCACUUUGGAAGUAGAAAAGGGAGGUGCCCAGAGCAUUCAGAUGGCUGUGCAAGGAUUCAUCAUCAAACAUUUGUUAUUUACCAGAAAAGGAAAAGACUGUAACUUUCACAGUUUGUGUGAGCUGAGCAAGCCUGAGCAGGAGCAAGCCCUGGCAGUGGCACUAGCUGGCAUCCUGUGGAAUGCCGGAGCAGCUCAGAAGGCCACCAUCUGUCUUGUCGCUGAGGACAUUUACAGCGCCUCAACUCCUGAUCACUCCAGGGAUGAUUUCACUGAACAGCUCCAGCUGUUUGAAUUUUCAGAGAGAGAAGCCACUGAGAAAUUCAUCUAUGAUCAUUUACAAUGUUUUAAAGAGGAAGGAAGCCGUGGUGUCAUCCUAUUUCUUUACAGCCUAAUCUUCUCCAGAACAUUUGAGAGGCUUCAGAAGGACUUGGAUGUCACCACCACCCAUCUGUUACGGCCACAUGCUGGGGGCUUCCUCUGCAGGCAGGCAGUUCUGAACCUGAUUCUAACUGGAAGAGCAAGUCCAAAUGUCUUCAAUGGCUGUGAGAAGGGAACGUCCCAGGAGAGAUUACACGGCGUCCUGACCCGCAGUGAUGUUGGCUAUUUGCAGUGGGGGCAGGACAACUCUGAGGACAACAGUCUCUCACAGGUGGGCAGCAUGCUGAAGACUCCUAAAUUUCCUGUCUGGCUGUGCAACAUCAAUGGAAAUUACAGCAUCCUUUUCUGCACAAACAGACAGCUCUUAUCAGACUGGAAAAUGGAGCGUCUCUUUGAUCUGUAUUUUUACAGCGGCCAGCCCUCACAGAGAAAGCCCGUGCGUCUUACAAUAGGUGAGCACCUCUGCCUCCAAGAAUGUGCACCUUCCUGUGCUCAGAGACUCACAGCUGUUGUUACCAGCUGCGUGGAUGGUCAUGCCAGCUCUGCAGGAAGGUGCCUGGGCUUGGUUUCUGAAGUGAAGCCCAUGCCUAAAUCCCAUGGCCCUAAAUCCAACUAUUGCAAUGGGAGACCCCUAAACCUGCUUUAAAAAGGAAGAGGGUGGUAGUUAGAAAUAACAGACAAAUAACUUUUAGGUAAGAGGAAACAAAGGGUAAAGAGUUAAAUUUCCAAAAACCUUCCCAAGGCCUUUUGUGUUUGAGCAGGAAGUAAGCAAUGCCUGGGGAAAGGUAUGCAAAACCACAGGGAGACAGAGCUCCAAAGGGCCAGUUCUAGCCCACAAACAAAUACCAGAAGA